UGAAUAUGAAUCGGACGGCAUUCUGUUGAGAAAUACUUGAUGUUUUGCCACAACAUUUGUUUUCGUUGUCAAUCUGAAAGUCCUAGUUUUGCAUGAAAAUGGAUUGAAUUGUGUAUGAAUCUUUUCAUUAUUGGACUCAUAAGAAGAGACGUUGCCAGUGGAAGUCCAGCCUUCAUCAGCAAAACGUCAUCACACUUUUAAUUCAAGAUGGACAUGGACAUAGCUUGUCCUCGUUGCAAAACCACAAAAUAUCGUAACCCAUCAUUGAAGUUGCUUGUGAAUGUUUGCGGCCAUGGGUUGUGUGAGAGUUGUGUCGAUCUUCUUUUCCUUAAAGGAUCAGGAAAUUGUCCUGAGUGUGGUGUUGCACUCCGUAGAAGCAAUUUCCGAGUUCAACUGUUUGAGGAUUCUCAAGUUGAAAAGGAGGUUGAUAUCAGGCGUCGAGUAUUAAGAGACUUCAAUAAGAAGGAGGAGGAUUUUGCAACUCUCAGGGACUACAACGACUACCUAGAGGAAGUAGAAACCAUUAUUUUUAAUUUGGUCAACAACAUUGAUCAACUAGAAACAAAUAAAAAGAUUGAAAAGUUCAAAAAAGAGAAUCGGGAACUUAUUUUGAAAAACAAGGCCAGGGCUGGAAGAGAGGAAGCUGAGCUGGAGGCUCUUCUUGAGCAAGAGGCUGCAAUGGAAGAAGCAAGACGUGCCCAGUUAGCAAUGGAAGAAAAGGAAGAGAAACGAAGAAAAAUCAGGAACAAGGAAGCCUUGAUAGAUGAGCUUAUGUUUUCUACGGGGAACGCGAGGAAUAUUGUUCAAACAUUUGCUGAAAGUCGAGCUCAGGAUGCUGCUUCUCAAGCUGCUCAAGCCAGUUCUGUCCCUGCACCUGCUGUACGAGCCACACAGUUCUCCACUGGAAUCCAAAUUGGAAGGGGAAGUGGUCAUGUUGAGUUUCUUCCAGUUCCAAGAACAGAUGAUACCCCGCUGUUCCACUAUGAACCUCCUCAAAGAAUAUUUGAUGGCCCUGCUCCCCCAACCCUGCUAGAUGUUGAUCAGAAUGGAUUCUUAGCUCACAUCAGAAGUGCUUCGGAAGAAGAAAGGGCCGGAGGAUACAAUUCCAACAUCAGUUGUCUGAGAGCUCUGGAAGAAGCCAUGUCAGGACUGUAUUAUAGAGCUCACAGGGGAGAAGCUGUAUUCUGAUAGAAAUCUAAUGGCCUACUCAAUUGUCCUAUGCCAACACCACAAUCAUUAGUUCCAAAUUGGUUUACUCCAAACUGUGGGCUCUUGGUUGUGUUGAUGGUAUACAUUAUCCUUAUUGUGUAUAUAUAUUCUCAAUAUAUUGAUUUUAUUCCCA